UGACGACUGACUACCUACCUCUUAAUACUCGGUAGCCACAAGUUACCGACGGCGAAUUCGGGGUUUAUCAAAGCCUACCGGAGGCUGAGCUCUAUAGUACACGAAUACAUAUAACAUUCCCAUAACGUCCUUAUACAUAUAAAGUCUCUAGGGUUCCUAUCCUAGAGACGAUUUACGUCGGACAGUAUGAACAUCGACUGGCCUUCAAUCCUAACUCUUCGACAAAGCAACAGUGAACCUAGCAAUAGUGAAAGUGAUACAAUGUCAGAAAUAACGCCUAUCCCAGAACCACCAAGUCUACCUUUCCUAGGCCACGUUACCGAGAUCGAUCGAGAACUCCCCUUACGCUCAUUUAUUUCGCUCGCCGAUAAGUAUGGUGAGAUAUAUCGACUUCGCCUUCCUGGAAGGUCGCUGGUAGUUUCUUCAAGUCAUCGUAUCGUGAAUGAGCUUUGCGAUGAGAAGCGUUUUGUCAAAAUUCCCAAAUCUGCUCUUAACGAAAUUCGAAAUGGUGUUCAUGAUGGUUUAUUCACAGCCCGACCAGAUGAGCCUAAUUGGGGUAUCGCUCAUCGAGUUUUAAUGCCUGCAUUUGGCCCCUUAUCGAUCCGGGGCAUGUUUGACGAGAUGCACGAGAUUGCAACUCAGCUUUGUAUGAAAUGGGCCCGAUACGGACCUUCAAACCCGAUCGACGUUACUGAAGACUUCACUCGUCUCGCGCUUGACACGCUUGCUCUCUGCUCGAUGGGUUAUCGUUUCAACAGCUACUAUACCUCAGAGCUUCACCCCUUCGUUGCAGCCAUGGGUGAUUUCCUCGUUGAGUCCGGCAACAGGCCGAACAGAACGAUGCCCACUUGGUUUUACCGAAAUGAAGACGCCAAGUACUGGGAGGAUAUCGAAGUCUUGCGAAAGACGUCCGACGAAGUUCUCCAAGAGCGUAAACGCAACCCGUCCAACCGGAAGGAUCUUCUCAGUGCCAUGCUUAACGGCGUGGACCCGAAAACCGGACAGCACAUGACUGAUACGAGUAUCACCGACAACUUGAUUACAUUCCUCAUCGCCGGUCACGAAACAACAUCAGGAUUGCUUUCAUUCGUGUUCUUUGAACUCCUAAAACACCCCGAGGCUUACCGAAAGGCCCAACAAGAGGUCGACACUGUUAUCGGGAAAGGUCCCAUCACAGUCGAGCACAUGUCUAAGCUCCCGUACAUUGUAGCUGUGAUGCGUGAAACCCUAAGAUUAUGCUCUCCCAUUCCCCAGAUCGGUGUCACACCUAGAGAAGAUACUCUUCUUGCCGGAAAGUACCCGGUAAAGAAGGGCGAGAUGACUGUUAUGAUGUUGAAGAAGAUGCACGUGGACCCGGCUGUGUACGGCGAGGAUGCCGAGGAGUUUAAGCCUGAGCGCAUGCUGGACGAGCCGUUCAACAAACUUCCCAAAAACGCGUGGAAGCCUUUUGGCAAUGGCCUUCGAGGCUGUAUCGGUCGUCCGUUUGCCUGGCAGGAGGCCACUUUGGCCAUAGCCAUGCUUCUACAAAACUUCAACUUCGUCCUUGACGACCCAUCUUAUACCCUGGCUAUUAAGCAAACAUUGACUAUCAAGCCGAAGGGUUUCCGCAUGAGGGCAACCCUCCGCGAUGGAAUGACUCCGGGCCAACUGGAACAUCGCCUGGCUGGAACACCUGAAUCACCAGCGGAUGCCCUAAACGGACUCUCAUUGAAUAACUCCCUGACAUCCGCCGCUAACGGUAGUAGUGGAAAGCCCAUCACAGUUCUGUACGGAAGUAAUAGUGGUACUUGCGAGGCCCUCGCUCAAAGAGUAGCUAGCGAUGCGUCGCGCAAGGGAUACAAGGUUUCCAAGCUUGAUAUCUUGGAUACCGCCAAUGGAAACCUACCUAAAGGUCAGCCUGUCGUCAUAGUCACCGCUUCAUAUGAAGGAGCACCGCCGGAUAACGCUGCCCAUUUCGUGUCUUGGAUAGAGAGUAUCAAAGACAAGACGACAUUCGAGGGAGUACAAUACGCUGUUUUCGGUGUCGGCCACCACGACUGGGCUCAGACCUUCCACAGGAUACCAAAGUUGGUGGAUAGCAAGCUCGAAGAAGGCGGCGCUACUCGCAUCGCAAAUUUGGGACUCACCGACGUUGGAAACGGCGACGCUUUCGCAGACUUUGAAGCGUGGGAGGAUGAGGUGCUUUGGUCAUCGCUUAACAAGCAAUACGGUACAUCUGAGGUUGAGACGGACCUAUCACCGGCUUCCGGCCUGAAAGUAUCAGUGACGAGCCCACGUACAUCCACCCUCCGACAGGACGUCAUGGAAGGUUUGGUAGUCGACACUCGCACGCUGACCGCCGAUGGAGAACCCGUUAAGAAGCAUAUUGAAAUCGUACUUCCAAGUGACGAAACAUACCGAGCUGGUGACUACCUGGCGGUCCUGCCCAUAAACCCUAAGCAGAUCGUCGAGCGAGCCAUGCGUAGAUUCCAUCUUCCAUGGGAUGCGCAUAUCACCAUCAACAGCGACGGAAUGACAUCCCUCCCAACCAACGCCUCACUCCCCGCCCACGACAUCUUCGGCGCUUACGUGGAACUAUCCCAACCGGCAACAAAGAGGAAUAUAAGCACUCUAGCCGAAGCCGCAAAAGACGAAGCCGAAAAAGAAGCUCUGAAGAACCUUGCAAAGGACUCCGAAGAGGCGUUCAACAAGCGCAUCUCGGUACUAGACCUACUUGAGAAGUACACGUCCGUCGACUUACCCCUGGGCGCUUUUCUCGCCAUGCUCCCGCCUAUGCGUGUGCGACAAUACUCCAUCUCCUCCUCCCCUCUAUGGAACCCCUCCCACGUAACUCUGACCUUCUCGGUCCUCGAAGCCCCGUCCAAGUCCGGCCAGGGCACAUACGUCGGCGUAGCAUCCUCGUACCUCGCAUCCCUCGCCCCGGGCGACAAGCUGCACAUCGCCGUCCGCCCAUCCCACGCGGCCUUCCACCUGCCGCAAGACGUCGAGAACACGCCCGUCAUCUGCGUCGGCGCAGGCACGGGCCUAGCUCCCUUCCGGGGCUUCAUCCAAGAGCGCGCGGCCAUGCUCGCCGCCGGCCGCAAAGUCGCGCCCGCUCUGCUCUUCGUCGGAUCGCGCGAGCCGGGCCGCGACGACCUCUACGCCGACGAGCUGGCGGAGUGGGAGAGCGCCGGGGCCGUGACGGUCUACCGCGCGUUCAGCCGCAGGCCCGAGGCGGCGGGCGGAAACCGGUACGUGCAGGAUGCGCUGCGGGCGUCUCAGGACGACGUCCUGAAGCUCUGGCGCGACGGCGCGAAGCUGUAUGUCUGCGGAUCGCGGGCCGUUGGCGACGGGGUCAAGGAAGUCAUUGUCGAGCUGAUCAAGAAGGGGGCGCAGGAGACCCACGGCAAGGACGUGACGGACGAGCAGGCGGCUCGGUGGUGGGAAGGCAUGCGGAAUACCCGGUAUGCUACGGAUGUGUUCGACUAAGCAUGUUUACCUACCUAUGCUUGCAUAUUAUUGUUGUUGGUGGUGUAGAUAUUGUUUGAUACCUUGGCGGGGGAGGACUAUUUAUUGUAUUUUGACUGGAUUCCAUUAGGUAUAUACCUCAGAUAGACCGAGUAUUUGCACAUAUAGCGGUGAGGUGAGGAUUAGAAAGGGGGUAGUUAGGGUGGUAUUCUAUGCUCUUCUCAGUAGAGACUUGGCUAUAAAUUGAUAUUGAUUAUACUACUUA